AUGAGAGGUAGUGGUAGAUGGCUUGCAUUGUGCAGUGGACUUGUAUUAUCCAUUGCAACAAUCACCAUAUUCAGCAAGCGUGGCGAAAGUAAAGUUCCAGCACGGUGCAUAGACAGCGAGAGACAAGCUCUUCUCAACUUCAAACAUGGUCUUGUAGAUUAUCAUAACAUGUUAUCGUCUUGGACAAGUGGCAAAGAAAAAUAUUGUUGCAUGUGGAGAGGAAUCAAAUGUGACAAUAGAACCAAUCAUGUCGUCAUGCUUAACCUUGCUGGAUAUUGUCGUGAAUAUGAUCACCAAAGGUCUGAUUAUGAUAUCGCUAGAUACUUUGAUGAAUAUGAAACAUAUGUAGCUUUUACUUGGGGCCCCUCCAAUUUUGGGGGUGAGAUUGGAUCUUCCUUGGUUGAAUUGAAAUACUUGAGGCACUUGAACCUCAGUAUCAAUGAUUUUACUCGGAUUCCAAACCUCAUUGGUUCUUUAGCUCGGCUCAGAUAUCUCAACCUCAGAUGGAAUCCAAUAAGUGGAACUAUCCCUUCCCAACUUGGAAAUCUCACUAGGUUGCGUUUUCUUCAUCUAUAUUCUCAUGAAGUAAUGAUUGCUGAGGAUCUCGAAUGGCUUCCUUGUCUCUCUUCUCUGACAACCCUUACAUUGGGUCGUCUCAAUCUAUCCAAGCCGAUGGAUUGGCUCCAAUCAAUCAGAAGGACCCCUUCAUUGUCAAGCUUGCAAUUAUGGGACUGCCACUUUCCUUAUGAGGUGAACGUAGGUACUUCAUCUCUUUCUCAAUAA